UGUAACGUUGAAAGAUGCUGUUACCCUUUUAUCAGUCGCGUGGGUCGGGUCAGCACAGAAACUCUUGCCAAUUGUUGGAAAAACAUUUUAAGUUUAAUGGGAAACGAGGAGGACCCUGAAUAUAACAUUCCAUUAAGUAUCCUGAAAGACAAAUGGAGUGCAGAAAUAAACUCUUUAAUGCGAAUGUCAGUUGAUCUCCUUCAGGACUUGAGUCCUCAGGUUGAGUUUACAUUGCCAAUGGUUCGAGAGUGGAACGAUGACCCUUGUGUUGAUGAUACCACCGAAAUCCCCAUAAAGAAAAUUGCCGCAAGUGAGGCAGUUGAAAUCUUUAACAAGGCAUUGCAAUGGGCUGGAGAUGCAAUGGUUGAUCAAAGCGACAUGAGUGUACUUAGACGCUUAAGGGAGAAAGCAGUAUUUCAGCUAUUAGAAAGGAAAAACCAGCAGAAAAAGAUAACGGAUUUUUUUAAUGAAUAAAUCUAAUGUGAAAUUUUAUUCGCAAUUUAAUAUGUAUGUUCAUACCCAUGAACAUACUAAUGGCAAUAAUAAAAUACUUUUACAUUUAAAUGUGUAAAAAU